AUAUAGUAGAUAUUCGGGGUCCCGACUGUGCGGGCUCGCCGUCAGUUAUAGAGUGGGGGGUUCUCCCGCGCGGUAGGUAGUACAAAAGCCGUUUGUCUUGAGGGUAGGUCUGGCGCGACGAGGGAUUUUCCCGCGUUCCGGUUGACGGCCGGGCGCGGAACAGCCGCGGUAUAGUGUUCUUUGGAAAGAACGUUUGAACAUUUCCCCUUUCAUGUCACCACGACCGUCGAUUACCCUACGACAGUACGACCCACAGGUGUGGUUCCAAUCGGCCGGUCUCUCGUUAAACUUUGCGCGCGCAAUCUCCCACUUCCCCCUCGCACGCCGUGCGAACCGAACCGCGCAAGACUGGCGCUGCACGCGCACGUGACGUCAAAACGCCGCCCGUGUGUCGCGGUAGUGAGGCACUGUCAUUUUCCGUUUUACCGCGCGUUCGUUCCGUGUGCCCGUGCCCUACUGCGAUUGUACGCCGUACGGUACGAUCGUUUGCUACGGUAGUGUUGCGUGUGCGCGCCUGUAAACACGAAUAAUAAUAAUAAUACGUUCAUGCUUUGAAGCAACGAUAAUAAUUAGCAUUAAAAACCGUUCUCGCGGUUCGUCGGUUGUGUGUGUUUCGCGUAGAUCGAUCGGGCGGGCUACUACACGACCGUCGCGAUGUGCGCGCGACUUUGACGGUUCACGCUGUCGCAUCAAGUGAAUCACUUCCGCGGUCGGCGAUUUGGAUCGCAAAAAAGUAUUUUAACCGUUUGUAUUUAUUUUAUUUUCGAUUAGUUCGCUCACCGCUCUCCGCACUUUCCAUCGUCACGCAGCCCCGGAAGAAAGUAUAAUAUACACUCGACCGCUCGCAGGUCGAUUCUCGGUACGACCCUCUGCUGCGACCGCUUCCGUCGGCACGACAGUUGUAAUGCUCCGAUAAUAAUAACAAUAUGGUCAAGUCCAGGUUUCUCGGCAAAGCGCCAAAGGCGCGAUGUCAGCGCACCACCAUGAUCCGAGUCGGCGUGUCCGAUUUCGUGGACGUCGAGGCCAAGAACGCCCGAUUGAUAGCCAUCGCGCUCAAUGUAUUUCGGACUACGUUCGAAAAGGACGGAGAGCAACAGGAGUUCGCUGGGUUUAGCAAUAGCGACUGCGAAGAAACUGCCAAUAAGCUACGAGAGACUUGUGAUCGAAAUGCCGUGCCGUACGACCAUCAGAACAAGUACAAAACUGAAACUGUUAUGCCUAGUAUUAUGAGUAAAAUGGAUUUUCCAAAAGUUAAAAAAGAAGAAAAUUCAAUAUGUGAACUUAAUAGUGCAAAUAAAAACACCAGUUUAUCUUCAGUCGUAUCCUGUCUGGAUGACAAUCUGAACUAUACUUUUGCAAAAUCAUGCAAAGGAGGUCCACUGAAUAUGAAUGAAACUAGCGGUGAAGUACAAUGUGGUGUUUGUGGUGUUAUUCGUUUUUAUAAAUCAAUUGCUAAGACCAAAAAAUAUGGAGCAUACAGUUGUGAUUCUUGUAGGAAGUUUAUAGCUAAAUCAAUUGAAAAUCAAAAUUCUAUCAAUCGUUGUAAUAAUGAUAGAGGCAUAGGACAGUGUCGUAUUCCAAAUGGGCUUAAAUCUCAAAAUGGGGUAACAAGAAUUGUGUCAACUGAUUCUCGAUGUAAAGCAUGUUGGCUUCAAAUGUGUCUAAAGCGAUUCAAGUUACCAGAAACAACUGUUCAACGGUUAUUAGACACACUUCCUAGAGAAAUAGCACCAGUUCUUAUGUGGGUUUUGAAGAAACCUGAUCCAUGGACCAUAAACAUAGAAAGUUGUCUUCAAAAAAAAAUUAUUCGAGAGUAUAAACUUCAUAAAGAGAUCAUUAGUGCCUUACGAGAUGAAGACAGUGAUGAAAGCAAUGAAGAAUUGUAUAGUAGUGAAAAUGACUUAGAUGAAUGUUCUGAUAAGUCUGAUUCAGAUAUGGAAUACAAUACAAAAAAAGCAUAUAAUAGAAAGAAAUCAAAGCUUGAGGAAAAAUUAACCAAUAAUAAAAUAAUAAGAAGAAAAAGAAAAAAAGUUGAGAUUUGUAGAGAUGUUCAACAAAAUUAUACUAAACGAGCCACAUCGAUGAGAUCAAUAAAUGCAACGCCCAACUUAUUAGAAACUAAAGAAUACAAAUAUUUUAACACAAAAGGACCCAGAAUUAAACAUGUGUGUCGCACUGCUGAGUCUGUUUUGGGACAAACCCUUGCUACAUUUGGAAAUGUUUUAGAAAACUCUCUAGAUGUUGAUGCAUUGUCAGUGGAUAUAAAUGCAUCUCAGCAUAUAAGAAGUGAUGAAAAUAUGAUAAAUUUUAUGGAAGUUGCCAAUGAUAUGGAUUCGUCUAGUAAAUGCUCAAAAAUGUCAUCACCUGUUGAAAAUGAACAAGAUUUUUAUUUAUCUAUUCAACCAAAUAGAACACUUCAAGAUCUAAUGAUGCAAGACCAUUUGAAUGCCAACAUAGAUAACACUGAAGAUGACAAAACUAUUGAUUUAAAUUUCCGUGAAAGUUAUGACCCAGAUAGAAUUGCUGAAAAUGGAUUUGCUAUUGUGGGUACUGAACCAUUAACAAUACCUCGGCGAGCAGUAUGUUUCUUAUGUGGAAGUGCUGGAAUGGAAAAAUUAAUCCACUGUGUUUCUUGUUGUGAACCCUAUCACAAGUUUUGUGUUGAUGGUGUUGGUGUUGCAGUUUCGUCACAUGAAAGCGAAUGGUCAAAAAUUAGUUGGACAUGUCCGAAAUGUAAGGUUUGUAAAGGUUGUCAAAGUAGAGGUAAGACACGACCAAAAUUAACUUGUCAACGAUGUAAGGAUUCCUAUCAUGAUCAUUGUCUUGUUGAUAAAAUUGUUUUUGAUCGAAAUAGGCCAUGGGCUUGUCCACCUUGUAGAAAAUGCAAAAGUUGUCAGGCACCUCAAGUUGAUUACUUUGUCGGCAAUUUAGCUCUAUGUGUAAUGUGCUUUCAAUUACGACAACGCGGUAAUUAUUGUCCACUGUGUCAAAAAUGUUAUGAGACUGAUGAUUAUGAAACCAAGAUGAUGGAAUGUGCAGUUUGCAAACAUUGGGUUCAUUCUAAAUGUGAAGGCUUAUCAAAUGAGAAGUAUGAAGUUUUGAGCACAUUACCUGAAGUUAUUGAGUUUGUUUGCAAGAAUUGUACUACUGAGAGCACUAUUCCAUGGCGAGCUUAUGUUGAUGAAGCAUUAAAAAGUGGUUUUAUGAAUGUUAUUCUGAUUCUGGGAAAAAAUAAAAAAACAUGUGAUCUUAUUAAAUGGAGUCCUCAAAAACAAUCACCAGGUUGUGUAUGUAAAAAAUUGAUCAUACCAAAAUUCCCAUCACUUGAUGGACCUAAUGUUGCUACAAUUAAAACUACUGAUGAAAUUCCUAAACAAUGUGUUUGUCAUGGAUUGGAAGGAUGGUCUAAAGGUACUCCAACACUAGUCACAAUAAAACAGAAAGUCAAUAAUAAUGAAUAUGAAUCCCUUUGUCAAUUUAAUGAUGAUAUGUUAAGUACUAUUGAUAAAUUUGAUGUGCCUGAACUUCGGUUAGAAUAUAAGAAAAUUGUUACUCAAGUUUUUCCAUGGUUCAGCUCUGAUUUUGAAAAGAACUCUCCUCGUAAAAGUUCCUAUUCAUCAAGCACAUUACCAAUCAUAAGUCCACCUAAGUUUAUUCCAAAAUUUUCAUUUAAUUUACUGAAUUCUGAUAUAAAAGCUGUGCAUGAUAUUAUUGGCAAUGAUGAAAAUAAUUAUUAUUUGACUCCAAAAAUAGAUGAUACAAGAGUAUGUCAAUUUUGUAAGAAAUUGGGUGAAGGUAUUCCAAUGCGAGAAGGGAGACUUCUUUAUUGCGGUGAUAAUAUGUGGGCCCAUGCUAACUGUGCGUUAUGGUCUUCUGAAGUCUUUGAAGAAAUUGAUGGUUCAUUACAAAAUGUUCAAUUAGCUCUAUCAAGAAGUAAACUUGUUCGAUGUGUGGUUUGCAACGAAAAAGGUGCAAGUGUUGGAUGUUGUUAUCGAAAUUGUGUGAAGACGUAUCAUUUUCAAUGUGCUAGAAAAGUAUUUUGUGUUUUUAAUGAAAAUAAAACUGUGUAUUGUAAUAACCAUGCAUCUGAUACUCGCUGUAGUGUUAAAGACUUUACAUUGGAAAGACUGAUUUACAUAGAACAAGAAGACAUCAAACAAAAGCGUAAAGAAAGUUCAGAGAUUCAUAUUUUAAUUGGUUCAUUAUAUAUUAGUUGUAUAGGAUAUUUACAUCCAUUUCUAUCAGACAGUGUUGAAUCUAUUUUUCCAAUUAAUUUUAAAGCAAAACGAUACUAUUGGUCAACAAAAGAACCUUGGAAAUUAAUUCAGUACAAUUGGACUACCAAAAUGGAAAAUUAUGUAGAAAAGUUAAAAAUUGACAAACUUAACUAUACUAUUGAUCAUAACAAACAAGAAAAUGAAAUUGGUUUGAUUAAAGAUGAAGAUUGUAAACGAGAUUUAGAUAUUAAUUUGUUUACAUCUAUUCAGGUAGAUAAUUUACAAAAAUGUUAUGAAGCUUUAAAAAGAAAAUGUCCAAUUGAUUCUACUUUUCAAGCUAAACGUUGUAAAAUGGAUAGUAAUAUCAAUUGUUUUACUUACCCUAAUUAUGAUACGGAUUCUGAAUUUGAAUCCACAAUUGAUGAAACUUGUAGAAUGGAAAUAUUUUCAAAUAGUUAUGGAUUAAAACCAAAAGCAAUUCCUCAAUUUGAUGGGUUGUAUGAUUCAAGUGACUGUGAAUCAGAGUUUGAAUUAUAUCAACUGGACAAUUUGACUGAUGUGAUUGAUGAUUGCACAAAUGACCAACCAGUAAAAUGUAAUAGAUGUCAUCGAACAUAUAGAACUAGUUUAAGUUAUGAAAGACAUUUGGUAAAUUGUAAUUUUGAUUAUGAGAUAGACAGUGACAGUGAAUCUAGUGAUGACGACAAAUGUGACAAGAAAAUCGAAGACGAUUGUUUGCCACUUGUAGAUGAAGUAGUUGUAAGAGUAGAAGAUAAUAAUAUUGUGCCUCAACAAAGUUAUGUUCCUGCCACUCAAAUAGAAUCUGAUCAUCAGCAACAGCAACAAGAGGAACCACCUCAAACUGUUAUACUUCAACCUAUUCAUACUUCAUAUGUCCAACCUUCUGUGACUGAUGUUCAGUACAUAACGAUAAAUAGUACUCAAACACAAUCUGUUUUACCAUGUUUUCAAUAUCAAACUUCACCAACUGUUAUAGUACAACCAUCAGUUGUUGAUCCUACUACAGUAGUUCUAAACAGUCCUCCAUUAGACAUGUAUGUCUCUCAGAGUAACAAUUUGUUAUUUAGUUCACAACCUAUGAUAGUUGGUUUGGAUCAAUAUACUACUAUGUCUUCUAAUUAUACUUUUACCCAAUCGCCUCAAAUUUACCAACCAACCAAACCCGUUGAACCAAUUUCAAAUCAAUAUUAUAUCAUAAAUACAGAUCCAACAAUUUCAAAUGAGUGGUCAUACAAUAUUACGUCUGAAAUAAAAACUGAGCGUAAAAUAGUGUGUACCCAGCCUAAAGUCUACUCUAACCGCAAAUUGCGAUUAACUGAGUGUUAUGAUACCAAAGAAAAUAUACCUAAUAGCUUAGUGCAAUCUAUAGAAAACCAAGCAUAUGGUGUUAUGAAUAUCAUGAGAAACGUAAAUCCAGAACCUUGGAAAAGACCAACUUUGAAAACUUAUCCUUCCAAAAGAAUUGAAGAACAGAAAAUUUCACCCAGAAGAAUUGAAGAAAAGAAAAUUCUUCCAAAAUGUGUUGAACCAUCACAUUUAUUUAAAACAUCAACUCCUAUAAACAAUACAGGUAUAGUUAAACCUUCAACAACUGUUAUGAAUACAGUGAUGCCUAUUUCAGUACAUACAGAAUUACUAGAGUCCUCUCCGGUUAAACUGGGUUAUUCAUCGCCACCUAAUGCUGUGUCAAAUAUUACACCAUCUUCAUUGAAAUUAAAUAAUGCUAUAUCUACACCUCUGAAAACUGAAAUAAAACCUUUAGAUUCAUCAGUAAAAACUUUAAAAGUGUUACCUUCUCAAAAGAUAACAAAAGAAGUUAGUUCCAGAAAAUUAGAAAAAAUGAAUCCUUCGUUUUUAAAAGGGGAAAAUUCUCAGUCUUUAAAUCUACAAAAAUUAGAUAAUUCAUCAAUUUCUCAAUUACUAUUUAGUGAACCUACUUCUAUAAAUUCAGAAAAGCCAUCUAUUAUGCAACAAGUGGAAGAGCCAUCACGAUCAUCUGUACAAAAUGUAGAAAUUAAAUCAAAUGUGUCUAAAGUAGAAACAUACUCAUCCACAUUAGUAACAAGUAUAAACACAACACCUUCAUUAAAUUUAGAUAAGCAAUCAAAUAGUUCGAUAAUGGUUAAUAAAACCUUGAAAAGUUACAAACCUAUGAAUUUAGAAAUACUAUCACCACCUAAUAGUAGUAAUUUUGGAAAUGAUAAAUCACACUUGGAAAAAAAUUUAUCUUCUAACAGUUAUGAAAGUAUUUUUCCAAAUAUACAUAAUGUUACUGAAGAUAAAAGUAAAAAAGUUAAUUCAUCAAAUAAAGAAAUUACUUCAAGUAUUCAAGAAAACUCAUCUCAAAUAAAAACAAAAACUGACCACCAUAUAACCUAUCCAAGACAUCAAUGGUCUUCGUCUGCAGCAGAACGUGAACAGACAGUACCUCACCUCAUGUUUGAAAUGAGUUCUGCUGAUGGUGUCUUCUGUAAAGAUCGUUCACUUGUUGAAAUUUGGUCUAAACUAUUUGAUGCUGUUCAAGUAUCAAGAAAUGAACGUAAAAUGCCCCAAUUGUCAUCAAGCAAUCCAUAUGCGAGUGAUAUAACAGCAGCAAUUCGAUCUCUAGGCCUAAGCAAUAAUUUUUUAAAGUAUCUUUUAGAACAACUUUCGGGUGCAAAAGAAUUUGUUAAAUACAAACCAGUAUACCAUAAGGGUGCUGAUGUUGUUGGCUCAACCACAGAAAAUAAUUCAGGGUGUGCUCGCACGGGAAUAGUAGUUAGAAAAAACAGAUAUGAUAUGUUCAGUUGGUUAGCUUCUAGGCAUAGAAAACCUCCAAAAUUGUCAGCAAAUAAUGAAGACUUUGGUGGUCGCCGUGCUAAUUCCUUGCCUAAUGAGAUGAAAUAUAGAAACAUGAAUAAAGCAUUGACCAGCACUAUAGGUGUAUAUCGAUCAGAUAUUCAUGGGCGUGGUUUAUUUUGUUUGAGAGACAUUGAACAAGGGGAAUAUGUCAUUGAAUAUACAGGAGAGGUUAUUCGAUCAGAAGUUAGCGAUGUGCGUGAGAGACUCUAUAAUAAAAAAGGGAUUGACUGUUACAUGUUCAGAAUCGAUCAGGAUAUUGUUGUAGAUGCUACUAUGAACGGAAACUCUUCUAGAUUUAUCAAUCACUCAUGCGAACCUAAUUGUCAUUCAAAAAUUGAAACUAUCCAUGGUAAAAAGCAUAUAAUGAUUUUGGCUAAAAGAAAACUACUGCAAGGCGAAGAACUCACAUAUGACUAUAAAUUCCCAUUAGAAGAUGAUAAAAUUACGUGCCAUUGUCUUUCAAGGAAAUGUCGUAAAUAUCUAAAUUAGCAUUAGUUUUUUUUAAUAUUUCUGUAUCCUUAAAAAUGACUUGCCUCUAAGUAUACAUAUUUUUUUCAAAGUACCUUAUAGAUCUAAUUAUAUUAUAUUAUGUUGAACGGACUUUUAGGUUAUUUUUUUUUUAGUUAUUAUUUUUUUCUAUUUAUAACUGUUUUAAUUUGUUACCUUCAAUGAUAUUUAAAUAUUUUUGUAUUAAAAAAUUAGUUUAAAUUUUUAACUGAUUAUUUGAUAAAAAUUGUGUAAUUAAUUUUUACAACAAUCAUACUUAUAUGUUAAUGAACUAUCUACAUCACAAUUCUUCAUCAUCUAUAAAUUAUUAUAAUCACAUACAAUUGAUGAAAACGUAUAAGUUUGGAAGUUUAGUCAAAACAAACAUACAUAUUUUAUUCAUAGAAAUAUCUCAAUUUAAAAUACAUAUUAUAACAAAAUAGCUCAUGUAAUGAUUAUUUAAUUAUUAAUACAAUUAACAAGUAAUUUUUAAAUUAUGAAUUUAUUUUUGUAUUUAAAUGUUAUAAAAUUAAUUAUGUAAAUUUAUAUUAAAAAUGUAUAUUGUGUUAUUUUAAUGUACUUUAAAACUACCUCAUAGUUUUAUUUUUAUACAAAAUUGAAAAUUAGUUUAAGAAUAAUUAUUUUUUGCCUCUACCAUCACUUUUAAGUAGUAUUUAUAUUAUGUGAUAAUAAA